AUGCGCGCCGAUUUAGAUGAGGAGCCUCGAUGGAUCAUAACAAAACCAGCCAUGAAAGAUGGCGGGAGUGCUUGCCUACAAAUCCUCGAGGGUUAUCAUGACUGGGUCAAUUCAGUCGUAUUCUCCCACAAUUCGAGUCUCCUAGCCUCUGCUUAUAAUAAAAAGAUCGCUAAGAUCUAA